UAAUGACAGAAAGACAGCAAGAAUCUUUCAAAGAUCACAUGGGAGCGUCCAUUCCCUUAAUUGCUUUUCCCCAGAAUGGGACGAUGCACUUAGCAUGUUUCAAAAAAGAUUUGAAAGAUGUGGAAGAAAAGCUUUACAUGUAUAACGAAGAAAACAAAAUGGUUAUGGUAGAAUUACCUUUCGAAAAGGCUUUUCUUCAUGUCGUAGCAAGAUAUAUUAUUUUGCACUGUAAAGACAAGUUGCCGACAAGUGUUGAAAUGCAGUUGUUACAAAACAAACUUGCAAUAUCAGGUCAAAAAAAUGCAGUGGAAACCUGCUGUGCUAAGAUUUAUCAACUUGCGGAAGGUUUGGAAGUUAGCAGUUUCAAGCCUGGAGCACCAGGAACGUCAUCGAUUUUCCUUCUUAAUACUGGAAAGGCAAUGCUUCCAAAAAUUGAAAGUGAACACCACUGUGCAAUUAUAGUGACAACAAACAGAGUUUUCAGUUCCCCAUCAAAAGUCAUCAGCAGAAGAACAAUUAGCCAAAAGCACUGUCAGUACACUUUUCCAAAUGGGAAAAUCAUUGAGGUUCACCAAGGAGAUAUUUUAAAUCAUUCUGCUGACUAUCUUGUGAAUUCAGCAAACGAUGAACUGAAACACUAUGGUGGAUUGGCAUUAGCAAUUGUUGAAAGGGGAGGGAAGGUUAUUCAGGAGGAAAGUACAUGUGCCCUAAGAAAACAUGGAGAACGUUUUAUGGUUGGAAACGUUGUAAAAACGGGUUGCGGAUUAUUGAAUUUUAAAAGGAUACUUCAUGUAGUUGUUCCAAAACACGAAGGAGAAAGGGAUGAAGGACAAUUGCGCCUCUGCUGUCUAUCCGUGUUGAAAAGCGCAACACAGGGAAAGAGCGUUGCUGUUCCACUGUUAAGCUCUGGAAUCUAUGCAAUACCCCAUGAGAUCAGCGCAAGUGCUUUAGUAAAGGCGACUGCAGAAUUUUUGAAAGAAAACGCAGGAAGUAGUUUGCAGGAGGUUCAUUUUGUGGACAACGACGACAAAGCCAUCGACGCUUUAAUGAAAGAAAUGAUUAAAGCAUUUCAGCAUGAUGACAAUUUCAAGUUAGACAGAGCUGUAAAAGAUCAGUGGAUUCCAUAUUUAAAGAGUUUGCCUUCAACCCCUGACACAACCAACGUAGCAAGUAGUUACAGCGGCAAUGUAUUCCAUACUCCACAGGGAAUGGAAAUACGAAUGAUUGUAGGAAACAUCGCUGAAUCAAGGACUCAUGUUAUUGUCAAUACUAUUUCAAAUGAUAUGAAUCUUGAAUUAAACAAGUGUUCCAAAGCAAUUCUAAAACAAGCAGGAUUUGGGCUGAAGGAAUCUUGUGAACAAUGGAUCAAAGAUAAUGGACAAUUAAAAGAAGGGGACUUUGCCAUCACACCUGGAGCUAAAUUGAAAUGCAGAAAAGUCAUCCAUGUUGUGUGUCCAAAAUGGAGUGCAGACCAAGGAGAAAAGAAAUUUCGACAAUUAGUUCAAAAUAUCUUGGAUAAAGUUCAAUCGUUGGGUCAUUCUUCGAUAUCAGUACCUGCACUUGGUACAGGAACGCUAAAUUUUCCAGAAGAACUGGUUGCCAAACUAUUACUUAAUGAGGCGUUAGAAUUCAGCCUAAAGCAUAAAUCCAAAUUGAAAAUCAAGAAUUUCAACAUAGUUGUCUAUUCAGGAAACACAAAAGCAGUUCAGGUCUUUUCCAAACAAUUUCGAGAAUUCUCGAUAACAAAAGUCAAAGAAAAACGCGAUAUGGUGAAGUGGACAACACGUCAAUGUAAUUACAACAAUGAAGUUUUAAACAGGGGUAAAGUAAAAGUUGAGAUUGUCCAAGGAAAUAUUGUCCAUGAAUCAACAGAAGCUAUUGGUUUUACAGUGUCCGAGAGUGUUUAUCAAGGUGGUCAGAUUGGGAAAGCAUUGCUCAAGACAGCAGGCAAAGAAUUAGAGAGAGCAUACACCAAAGUGAAGCAUAUAAAUUCAGGUACCAUUGUAAAGACGACUGCGGGUAACCUAAAAGCAAGUUAUCUUCUACAUAUGGGAAUAAACUCAUAUGGUUUUGAAAUCGAGAAGUCACACAUAAAAGAUGUGGUAAAAGAAUGCUUGGAGAAAGCUAAUUCUUACCAAAUAAAGUCGCUGGCUCUACCUGCAGUGGGCACAGGAAAUCUUGGAAAAAGUGCCGAAGAGUCCGCUGAUAUUUUGCAUUCCUGCAUAAAGAAUUACCAACAAAAAUUAGACAGAUCGCUAUCGUUAAUCAGGAUUGUCAUAUUAGACAAAAAGCUUUUUGAAGACUUUCGUGAGGCUUACUAUAUGAAAGAAUUAGCAACACCGAAUGACAUUUGUGUAACCCAUCAAGAAGUCACAUUAGAAAUAACGACAAUGAAUUCCUAUAAGAUCGACUGUAUAAAAGAAGAAUUGAAAAAUAUCGAAAAAGAGUACAUUUAUUCCAAUGAAAUCAAGCUAGUACGUUCUUUGAACAACCAGCAACUUUCAAAAAUCCUUCGAUUUCAGGACGAAUAUAGAGUUUGUAUUGAAUACAAGCCUGAUAUCAUUAGAAUCAGUGGGUUGGAGAACGACGUUUUACUUGCUUCAUCUAAAAUAUCUUCUGUGAUCAUCAAUGAAGCCACUGUUAGAGAGAUCGAUUGGAUAUUUUACGAUUGCCAUGACAAUGCAAAAGUUAUCCCUCAAAGAUAUGAUGACAGCGAAAUUAUUGAAAUUGAGAAGGCAUAUAAAAGCGACCCAUCAAAAACUGUUAUAAUUGGAAGAAACAUUCGCAUCGACUUUGCCACAAUGACAGAAACCAACCUUGACACAGGACAAAUAAUGAAGAUUUACAGGCGAGAGCGAGAAGCAAAUCCAACUCCAGCCAGCUGGCAGUUGCAACCUAUAAAUACGUCAACUGGUAAAGAGUGCGAGGUGCAUACAUUCUUGGUAGACAAGAGAGAGUCAGAAUUCGAAGAAGUAAAAAGUUUUUUCGAGACAUCAGUGUCGAGAAAUUCAGCGUGUACCAGUGUUGAGAUUCUUCAUAUCGAACGAAUUCAAAACCCAAUGGUUUACCAGCAGUAUCAAAACCGGAAAAAAAGGAUGAAAAACGAUGGAAAUGAAAUGAGACUGUUCCAUGGGACCUCAAAAUUUGCCGUAGAUCAUAUUAACCUUAAUGGUUUCAAUAGAUCAUACCAUGGGAAAAACGCUACAAGAUUCGGCAACGGAACGUACUUUGCAAAAGAAGCGUGGUAUUCAGCCAACAAAAGUUAUUCUGUUCCAGAUGAAAAUGGUAGUCAGUACAUGUACCUGUCGAGAGUUUUAGUGGGUGAAUACACGAAAGGAAAACAGGGCUUGCUUGAACCCCCUCCAAAAGACCCUGAUAAUGCUUUGCUAAAGUAUGACUCAGUUGUCGAUGAUGUCACCAACCCAACCAUGUUUGUUAUCUUCUAUGAUAAUCAGAGUUAUCCUGAAUAUCUAAUUACAUUUAAGAAUCCGUAAUUUGGAUUCCAAGACAAUUUUGCCACUUGAGAAAUCAUACAUAUCUAAUGCAAACAAAACCUUUUUUCAAAGAUAACUAGGAUUUUAGUUUUCAGUGAAAGAUUAAAGAAUAAUAUUAACCAUUUGACUUGAACAUAUAGUUUAAAAGACCAUAUCCAAUUUUUGCUCAUUGUAACGAAUUUUUGUUUUAGUUUUUCGGAAUAUGACCAAUAAACUUCUUCAUUUGAGGGAA